AUGUCUACAAACAACAUCGCUUUCACAGCCCCAAUCAACCCUGCUGGAGCUGGACCGGCUCUCAAACGAGAUCAAGUAUGGGCCGCUUUGCGUCUGAAAAUUCGUUCUGCCGAGACCUUUGUCCCGCAGGCCAUCGAAUCCACAACCGUCGUCUCUGAAUCAACGGACCCAAACGGAAACCCAGUCACCGUCCGCGACAUCAUCUUCACAGCAGACAAGCGCAAAGUCAGAGAGACAGUCACAGCAUACGAGCCUUCUAGAGUGCAGUUUAUCCAGCCAGACGGCAGCUCUGUCAAUAACAUCGUCAGCGAGGGAGCAGACGGGGAGCUCUUCAUGACUUACACCUUUGAAUGGAGGCACCCGGACGCUUCUAAGGAGGAACUGGCGGCAUUGCUGGAGAAGGAGAAGGCGAUGAGCAAAGUAGCUGUCGAGGGAACUAUUACUGCCUUGCACCAGUUGGCUAAAGACGGGAAGAUAUGA